CCUAUAUGGGGCAGUCAUCUUCAUCUGUUUUUUAGAAGUAGUUGAGUGAGAAAUUUAACAGAGACACUACCUAAUUGGAAAAAAGCUCAUUACUGGAUACCAACAUGAAAACAGGAAUUUAUCUACUUUUUUUAUGUGAAGUAUGUGUUGAAAUCAGCAAGGCCGACACCAAACCUAAAAUUCCAAAGGAGGAGGAGAAUUUCUUACCAAGAAAUAAAAAUGUCAAUAUUUCUGAGGAGUGGGAUCCGCAUGAAAACGUCCCUAAACCUUUUGAAAAGCAAUUCCCUGAAGAGUUCACUCUUUAUAACUUCACUGAAAAAACUGCAAAUUUUGGAUUUAAUCUCUAUCGAAAAAUUGCAAUGACACAUGACAAAAAUGUAGUCUUCUCUCCCCUCUCUGUAUCAGCUCUUAUGGCUACAUAUAUGUUUGCAGCCAAAGGGGAAACACACAGCCAAAUUGUAAAAGGCCUAAACCUCCACACUUUGAAGGACAGAGAGAAUCGACAUUAUUUACCAGCCUUGUUUAAACAACUGAAAGAUAAUAUCACAAUGAAUGAAGAACUACUACUUGUGCAAGGUACACUUUCUUUUAUCCAAAAGGGCUUCAGACUCAGGCAGUCUUUCCUCAAUUUAUCUAAGCAUUACUUUGAUAUGGAAUUUCUGAGUGUGGACUUUCAAAACAUUACACAGGCAAAAUUUGUUAUAAAUCAAAAUAUUAACAAAAGGACCAAAGGAAAAAUCCCAGAGCUUUUUGAAAAUCUUGACCGCCAUAAUAAACUACUACUUGUGGACUACAUUUUCUUUAAAGGCAAAUGGCUCUAUCCAUUUAAUGCUAAAUUCACAGAAAUUGAGACUUUCCAUAUAAACAAAUACAGAAGUGUACAGGUACCCAUGAUGUUCAAGUCAGAUAAAGUUACCUCAACUUUUGAUGAGAAUUUAAGAUGCAAUGUGAUCAAGCUUCCCUACCAAGGGAAAGCCCACAUGCUGGUUGCCAUUCCAGAAAAGGAGGCAGAUUACAUUUCACUUGAAGACCACUUGACAACAGAGCUUGUUGAAGCAUGGCUUAGAAGUAUGAAGACCAGAAAAGUGGAUAUUUCAUUUCCAAAGUUCAAACUGGAACAAAAAUACGAAAUGAAGAAAUUGCUCCAUGCUCUAGGAAUUAAAAAUCUCUUUGCACGUACCGCAGAUCUUAGUCAUCUCACAGAUCAAGGAUACAUAAAAGUCUCACAGGUUGUCCAAAAGGCAGCAAUUGAAGUGGAUGAAAAAGGAACUGAGGCAACAGCAGCAUCUGGGUCAGAAGUAACUGCAUUCUCAGUACCUCCUGUCAUUAAAGUGGAUCGACCAUUCCUUUUUAUGAUUUUUGAAGAAACUUAUAAAACGUUACUGUUCAUGGGUAGGGUAGUUGAUCCAACAGAAUUAUGAACAAAGAAUCCAAACAACGCCUGUGAACAGAAACUACACCGAAAUCCAACCACAGUGUAAGAAGAUAAACAAUUCAGAGAGUAAAACAAUGCUAGACCCAAAGACACAUUUUGUACUUCAUACAAGACAGCAUAAAUCUAGCAUUAUUUAAAAGAAAUAUCUUUUGUAAGUAAAUGUCUUUAUUUUUCUUUAUAAAAUAUGACCGAGAAAAAUAUUUUCAAGAACAUGCAUGUACAGCAUUGUCCUAGGUUUUAUUCUGAGUAAAUUAAUCAUUCUUUUUUUACAUUGUAAAAAGUAACCACACACGCAUAUGCAUUCACAAACCAGAUCACCUUUAUCAUACACCAAAUAGAUUUAAAAAACAGAUAUUUCUGAUAUCAAUAUAGUUAUGCUGCUUUCAUUCUGAAAUAGAGAAGCUAACAAGAGCUUCAUAGGCUCUUUCUCAAGUAUUGGCAUAAAUAGAACUUCUUAAAAUAGAAUGCAUGUUUUUCCACAAACAAAUUUUGCUAGAAACAUUAGCCUUAAUACAAACAAAUGCAAAUGACAUCGCUGAAGCAUGAUAGCUUGCCAUAACAGCUAAUUAAAAACUAGAGUCAUCAUUAUAAAUUAUUAAAGUGAAAAUGCAAUCUGAAAUGCCAAAAAUUAAAACGAGUAUUUAUACAACAAAACUCAUGAAAUAAAACUUUUUAAAUAUCAUCUGGAGAUAUCUGCUUUCAGAUUAUGUUGAAAUUUAUAUGGGAUUUUUUAUGAACUUCGCUUAGUACUUGUAAAAACAUUACCUUCAAAUGCACAGCAGAAUGCUAACAAAGUUUGUUUUCUUAGCCUGAUCAGUUGUUCUGAAUUUUGGUCUUAAAUUAGAUUUGAUGCUUCUUUAAAAUGUGGGAUUACUUUUUCAUAUUUGUAACCAUUUUAUUUCUUGCACUAAACAUGGAUGCUAAGAACUGCUAAAAUUGUAAAUAAGUCCAGUUAAGUAAUGGAUACAUGUAUUCUAAAUCCAGGAAUUUGAACUACAAAGGCAUAAUUGAAGAAAAAAAAAGUCUCCAUAGCUGCAUUAGUUAAGAGCACAUUGCUAAAGUUGUAUUUCAUAACACUUCACUACAACAUUGGAAUUCUACAAUCAUUACAUUAUUUAUAUGAACAUAUUUUACAACUUAGGAUUUUAUUUAAAAGGUAAAGGUUUUAACAUUGCAAGAUGCAUUUAGUCACUCCGGGCAUUAUAGAGUCCCCAUCUGCUGCUCCUGACUUAUCGCACAAGAACAUUGCUUCCAACAGUCUUUGGUUUCCUCCUUUUUCUCUCAGAAGAUCUAAGGGUUUGAUUUUCUGUUUUUUCUUCAUACAAAAGAAGAAACACAUACAAUAUGUUGUUGCUACAUUAUUAAGUAAAAAAUCAUAAUAAAGUGCUAUUGUGUGCAACAUUUUAAUGUAAAAGUUAGCUGCUCUACUUCAAAAAUUGCUUGCUGCUCUACUGCACCCACUGAAAAAGCCAAUGGACACAUCUUGAGGGCAUCCUUUAUAGAAAGGUGCAUUUCUCCAGCAAGUUUGCUGCAGAAGGUGGACUUCAAAGUAAUGCAGAGAUCCCCCUAAGUGGGAUAGCUAAGGUACUAGAAGCAGUCUAGUCAUAGCUACAAAUAAUUCCACAAGUAUCCAGCCUGACUCAUGGUGAAAAAUGACAAAAUCCUGGGAAAGCGGAGAAGGGGAAGAGAGAGAAAAGUUUACAGGUCCUUACAGUGUUAUUUCUAGGUCUUCUACAGACUAUAAUGUGAUCUGGGCAAUUUCUGCACUUAUCAUAGCCUUAAUCUUUUAAUCUUUAGAAAUGCUGUUCUUAGCUUUGCAGACUUGUGGCCAUCAGCUAACCAAUGUUUGUAAUGGUCAGACAUCUUUAGAAGAACAACACUUACUUUCAGAACUCCGUGGAAAUACUGGUUUUCAUAAAUAUUUUAGAACAUGAUUUACAAAGGAAGAUACUGUUCUGUUUCACCCUUUAAAAACUGCUGAUGGAACCUGCUGUGGUAAUAUAUCAGCAACAAGACAUCUGUUAGCUUCACCUUGGAAAUGGGACCCAAAUCACACUCCAUUCCCACUGAACUUCAGAACUCUUACCAGCUUAAAUGGCAGGAGGAAAACAUGAUUAGGACCUUAAGUAACCAAGUCAAAGUGUAGCAGAUCUGUGGCAGAACUAUCUCAUCUUGUGCUCAACUUCCUAAGCAAUUAUAUGACUGGACGAAAGACACUAUUUAAAGAUACUAACGCAAAUCAUUGUUACAACAUGCUCACACUUCAACAUGGAUGUAUUAAAGCUCACUUGUGACCAUAUUAUAAAAUAUUGGUACUAAUUAUAUCAUUAUGAUUUCAAUGCCACAUUAAAUCUCCUCCCACUUUUUACAGGAUGGAACGCCUCAUUCUUGAAGUUAACUUACAUUGUUUUGAUCAAAAGGGAAAAAAUCAGGCAUUAUCUGUAUGUCUGUAGACAAGAUGCAAAAUUCUUAAAUGCUGUCUGUCUAUAAAGCUGGGCAUUUUUAUUGAUGAACCUACAAAGUAUAGAAAACUGCUGGCUUUUUACCAAUUGCAUACUGGAAUCAGUUAUAUUACAGUAAUGUAAACUCAAGGAAAAUAGUAAUUCUAAUCCCAAACUUAAUCUCUUAAAAAUGAAAACAUAAAAGAACAUAAUAAAGCUAAAUGGCAUAACAAUGCAAGAUUGGACCACUUUAUGAAACUCUUCAUGUUUACGAAUCUUGUCAGUUUCUGCACACAAUGAUCCAUGGUCUAACACCAUCAGCUCUUCAGAAGAGCACGUUUUCUCUGCAAAUUGACUUAAGUAAGGUCUCUUGUGCGCUGAAAUACUUAACCAAUGCUCUUUUUGAUUCUUUCAUAUUCCAUAAUGUGCUUAAAAUCAGACGCUCAUCUCUUCUGUAAUUACAUCACUAAGUUAUAAGGGUGCAACUUCAGCAUAAAUCCUGCAAUGUUUUUUUUUUUUUUCCCCUGAGUAUUACGUAAAGCCUAUUAAACUACACCAAAGCUAAUGGUUUCUCCUGUUAUCUCCUUGUGAGCACUGAAUCAGGCUUUAUUGAGAAUUGUUUUUCUGACAUAUGUAUUAUUUUAAAAAUGAGGGAAUACUCUGAUCUUCACACACAUCUCUCACACAGGACAAACAACAUGUCUGAACUCAUGAAUACAGUAUGUAAAACCUCAGUUCUGCACCAAAUUUACUUAGGUUUUUGGAAAGUUCCUGGGACAGCAUGAAUAUAUGAAAAAUAAAAAAGUUCAUCCCUAUAAGCUGCAUUACACUGUCAAAUGUGAACAAAUGUGCAUAUGCACCAGAGCAGUUUUAUGGGGGGG